CUUUCUGUAACAAUUUGUGCUGUAUGGGUUAUACCAAAAGACAGAAAGCCACUUUAUUUAUUAUUAGCUUUUAUACUACAUAUAUAUAUAUUUUUAGAGAAUGUACCUAUUUUUCUGGCUGACGUAAAAGAUGAGGAAUCUCUCAGAAAAAUAACAAAGCAAGCAAGAGUACUAAUUAAUUGUUGUGGUCCAUAUACACUUUAUGGAGAACCAGUUGUUAAAGCGUGCAUUGCUACUCGCACUCAUUAUGUUGAUGUCUCUGGUGAAGAAUAUUUUAUGAUGGAAAUGCAAUUGAAAUAUAACGAGGCAGCUAAAGAAGCUGGAAUUUACGUAGUGAGUUCUUGCGGCUUUGAAUGUCUUCUUAGUGAUUUGGGAAUCCUUUUCACACAAGAAAAAUUUGGAGGAGAAGUCAAUGAUGUUGACAUAUACAUGAAGACAUGGUUAACCAACACUGAUAACAAAGGUCCUUAUUUGAAUUGUGGAAGUUGGGAGUCUAUGAUAUAUAUUGUGGCAUAUGCAAACAAAUUACCAACAUUACGCAACAAAUUGUAUCCUACCAAACUUCCUAAAUUCACGCCAAAAUUAAAAUCAAGAGGUCUAGUGCAUCGAAGUGACGUUUCUGAAGGAUGGUCUGUACCGCUUCGGUACAGUUCCGAUGGUCCACUAGCUCUUCGUACACAGCGAUUCUUGUAUGACAAAUACAAACAGAGGCCUGUGCAAGUUCAACUUUAUGCUACGUUUACGUCUCUCUAUAAUUUGGUGAAGUUCUUCCUUAUGGGAAUAAUAUUUUGGCUCAUGACGCGCACAGGGUACAGCCGUGAGUUACUUUUGAAACAUCCCUCGCUAUUUACAUUGGGUUAUAUCACUCACGAACAACCGCAUCCGGAAGCAUGGAAAUCGAUGCAAUUUUCUGUGACGAUCAAAGCCCGUGGAUGGACCGAGGAGUUGACCGAACCUACCGACAAACACACAAAUCCACCGAAUAAGACAGUAAUCACCAAAGUUUCCGGUGUGUCUCCUGCAUACGAAGCGACCAGUAUUAUAGCGAUCUUGUCGGCAAUAACAAUCCUUAACGAGACUGACAAAAUGCCUGACAACGGAGGCGUGCUCACUCCCGGUGCUGCAUUUGGUAAAACAUCUCUGAUUGAACAAAUGAAUAAACAUAAUAUUAAAUUCGAGGUGAUAUCGUCUACUGUGAAAUAGAGACAAAUACAAAAGUUCUCUGCAAUUUUCACCGA